AUGGCAAGACUACGGAGGAAGGCUUGCAUAGCCCUGUUUCUCUUCACACUAUUCAUCUUUGGGACCAUGAUGGGACUGAGGACCCUAAAGCCCAGCGACGGCUUCUCGGAUCUGGCUCCGGGCUUGGAGCUCCUGCCGAUGAUAGCGGGGAAGAUGGACCGGCGCUCCGUGUCCCGUGACGCCACCGCGUCCCCGGGUCAAGCCCAUCCGGCUGGCAGCAACACCAAAGCAGUUUUGUCCAACUCUGGCCCCGAGGGGACAAUAUUUUAUGAUGUUCAUAUUUUUUACUACACCUGGUACGGCAACCCACAUAUGGACGGCAAAUACAUUCAUUGGGACCACAUCCUUGUUCCACACUGGGACCCCAAAAUCGCAUCCAGCUACCCGAGAGGGAGACACAUGCCGCCCGAGGACAUCGGCUCCAGUUUCUACCCCGAACUUAAUCCGUACAGUUCGAGGAACCCGGACGUGUUGGAGUCCCACAUGGAGCAGAUCGGGGCUUCUGCAGCAGGGGUUCUGGUUCUGUCAUGGUAUCCUCCUGGCUUGGCUGACGACAAUGGUGAACCCACUGAGGAUUUGGUACCAGCUGUACUGGAUGCUGCAUACAGACACAACCUCAAGGUUGCAUUUCACAUCCAACCAUACAGAGGACGAAACGACCAGAGUGUGCAUGACAACAUCAAGUACAUCAUUGACAGGUACGGUGACCAUGGAGCCUUCUACAAGUUUACUUCCACCACAGGGAAAAGUCUUCCCCUAUUCUACAUCUAUGACUCCUACCUGACUCCUCCUGAGUCCUGGUCUGAAUUCUUGACUCCCACGGGCUCCCACAGCGUGCGCGGCUCAGCCUAUGACUCCAUCUUCAUUGCCCUGAUUGUGGAGGAGCGUCACAAGCAUGACAUCCUCGCAGGUGGCUUUGAUGGCAUGUACACUUACUUUGCUUCCAACGGUUUCUCCUUCGGCUCCUCUCACCAGAACUGGAAGGCCAUCAAAGCUUUUUGUGACGGCAACAAUCUCCUCUUCAUCCCCAGCGUCGGACCUGGUUAUAUCGACACCAGCAUCCGGCCGUGGAACAACCACAACAUGCGCAACAGGGUGAACGGUCGUUACUAUGAGACGGCCCUGCAGGCGGCGCUGAAUGUGAGGCCAGACGUUGUCACUAUUACAUCUUUUAAUGAGUGGCACGAGGGGACACAGAUAGAGAGGGCGAUGCCCAAAAAAACUGUGACCCGUGUGUACUUGGACUACCAGCCACAUGGACCCGAUCACUACCUGCAGCUGACCCGCCGCUGGGCGGAGCAGUUCAACAAAGAGAAGGAGCAGUGGCUCAUGUGAGUGUGUGUACACAUGAAGGAGAAGAAACAAAUGAUAGGGGAGAGA